CGAGUCAGUUUAGUGAGACUGAGGGCAACCGUGGACUAAACACCUCGCUCGAGCAAAAACACAGGACUGAACUUUUGUACUUGUGAAAGACUGCAUGAGUAUCCGACCCUGGCGAGUCAAAAUGUAUCCUAAUCCGAGACGCGCUUUUGAGAUUUUGGAGACGCGUAACAGCGCGUGAAACGUAGAUGUAGAAAGUGUGACCGUGGGAUCUUUUCUGACAGCGAGUAAGGAAGUCAUAAUUUCACGCAAUGCGUCGUAAGUAACCUGCAUGUGAAAAAAAAAAAAACAAGCUGUGAAGAUGAACGAAACGAGCACGAGUCAUGGCAAGGAAGGCUGGGACCCUACAAUCCCUGUCAUUAUGUUCAUAUUUGGAGUGGUCGGGAACGUGAUUGCUAUCCUAGUGCUUCAAAAGUCGCGGAAAGAGCAAAAAGAGACCACUUUUUACACUCUGGUGUGUGGACUUGCUGUGACUGACCUCUUGGGAACACUGCUUGCAAGUCCAGUCACCAUUGCUACCUACGUGAAGGGAGAGUGGCCCGGUGGGAUCCCGCUGUGUCAGUAUUCCGGCUUCAUUUUACUCUUCUUCUCCUUGGCAGGUCUCAGUAUUAUCUGUGCCAUGUCUGUCGAGAGGUACCUCGCCAUCAAUCACGCGUAUUUCUACAACCACUACGUGGACCAACGGGUGGCAGGUUUGACGCUCGUGGUGAUCUAUGUGUCCAAUGCACUCUUCUGCGCUCUUCCCAGCAUGGGACUGGGGUCCGUGGUGCGACAGCGUCCAGGAACCUGGUGUUUUAUUGACUGGCAUAGCAACGACAGCACCAACGCCACUUUCUCCUACAUGUACGCCGGCUUCAGCUCCGUCCUCAUCCUCGCCACAGUCCUCUGUAACGUGCUGGUGUGCGCGGCUCUCAUCAUGAUGCACAAGCGCUUCGUCCGCAGGACCUCGCUGGGGACGGACCAGGGUCGAGUCGCGGAGUUCAGGCGCAGGCGGAGUUUCGCGCGUCUGGCGGGCGCGGAGAUCCAGAUGGUCAUUGUUCUCACAGCCACGUCCAUUGUCGUGCUCAUCUGCUCCAUCCCUUUAGUGGUGCGGGUGUUUGUGAACCAGCUGUAUCAUUCUCCAGUAGAGAUGACAACUGAGCUGAACCUAGACCUUGAGGCCAUCCGAACUGCCUCUAUCAACCCCAUUCUGGACCCCUGGAUCUACAUCCUGCUGAGAAAGACAGUCGUGCAGAAGAUUCUAGAAAAGAUCAAGUGCUUCUUCUGCCGUAUCUGUGGAAGGAGACACGGGAGGAGCUCUACAAAUUUUCACUGUGGUAAUGGCAUCCACAACUCAUCCGUCAUGUCUCGUGAUUUGCUUUCGCUUGUGCAUGUGGUCAACACGUCACAGACGUGUCUGUAUCCCCUGGAGGCGGGACAGGAAAUGGGCUGCUGCAGUGACUCUAUGCAGAGCAGGACGUGUUCAACUUUAACCGAGCAAAGCCUUCUGCGGGACUCUCAGGUGGUAGAGCUCAGCAGUGGAGAAAACAGAACAGAAACAGACACAGACUUUGUGAAAUCACAUUCAUGCACGCACUCCAACACAAAUGAGGCACAGUGUUCCAAGCACCAGCCGCUGCAAGUGACCUUUACAGAUGAGACUUUGAGCUUACAAGAAAGAAGCAUAUGAUAUAUGCUGAAAAACUCACUUAAUUCAACAUUUCAUGGGGUGAAAUACAUUUCAAGAGCUGAGUGUUGAGUAUGGAAUCAGAACUUCUCAGAGCGAAAGAAUUCCUAAAAACUCUAAAAGACUAAAGAGGAAAGUUUUUAAGAGAAAGACCAAUCAAAGAACUAAACUUGGUCCACUAAAGUGAAAAAAAGCUUACUAAAGUAAAAA